AUAAACGUCGGUUCAGUCGUCAGAGUUAAGUGAGAGAAUAAGGAGGCAGCAGCAACUCGUACAGGAAUAAAUAUGAGACUCUUGAUAAUCUGCUCCGUCGUUUUGUGCCUCGCGGUGCUUCAAGCACAAGGUGAUGCCAAUUCGAACAAAAUCUCAACCGAUCUCCACUCGAAACACCAAAAACUCGCUAGCCAUAAAGGGGGUACGGAACAUGUCGCAGUGAAGCCCUUAAUUCCCAUGAGGGAGAAGCAGCCCUCAACUCGCAAAGAUUUGCAGUCCUUGGUGAUUAGCAAGAUCCAAGACCUUACGAACGCCAUUAACAAGUGCCUGAUUCGCAUUCAUGACUUUGCCGAGAAGAUCGGUUUCAAUAACGUCGCGAAGCUGCUGGACGACAUCACAGCGGCUCUCCAAGAUUUCGCAGAAAACAUAAAUCUCGAAGCUGGAGAUAAAAUUGUAAGACCAAAUAGCUUCCACCAUUACAUGCGUUGAGCACGAGGUCGUAGACGGUUCUAAACGUUUAUGAAUACUGGAAUCCAAGAUCGUCUUCUAAACCAAGCCAUACUGUGUUUGGAUUUUUCGCACGCGUUAAUCGUGCCUCACUGUAUUUGACUGUCUAAUAAAUGAUUUGAUAAAAUU